UUACCCACCUUUUCUUUUUUCCCAUUAGGAAUCUGCGUGAAAAGCUUCAAGACAAACAGUGAUGAAAAGUUCUUCAUCAACGUGUGCCAGGCUCCGGAAGUUCCAGCUCCGCAAGAUGUCACCGAGGAGGAACUGAUUGGCAUACUGGAAUCCACUACUCCUGGCUCGUUUCGAGUGCCCAUGAGUAUCUCAGAACCAAGGCAUACUAAGGAUCGUUCCGAUAAAACCGUCGAUGUCUGCGACAUCGCCGUCAACCCAAAGUUUCUGGUGAAGAUUCAGAAGUCGCAGCUCUUUAAUAAUUUCUUUUUGCAAAUUGUCGCUGAGGCAAUGAGCGAAAAGUAUAAUGUGCAGCUCAACAUGGAAAAGACCAUUAUUCUGAACAAUCGCAAGUUCAUCGGCACUUUGGUCACUCAUCGUGUGCGCAACGAUGAUGUGAAAAGGGCCCAGCCUGUGUCCGAAGAUACUCCUGCUCUCACCAACCAGGAGGGGCGUGUGGCACCAGACAGCUCCGGGAAACUGGUGCAGGAGAUCAACGAGAAGGAUGCAGCAGCUAUAAGGAGGAGUCGACAACCAGCCGGCGUUAGUGAGGAGUUGCAGUACAAACUUAGCGCUCGAGUUCGUCAUGAGUCCGUAGAUGAAAUACAUGCCGAGAUCUACUUACCGAACUUCGUUUCUUCGCAGGAGUUCAGCCUCGUUGUUGGCGAGGAUCGUAUCGCAGUGGAAUCCCACAAACAGGGCUAUGUCUUCGACAAAUUCGUCAACUACCGUCUGCAGCAAGAUCGGGCUCAAGCUCUGUUCGAUAAGACCACCAAGAUGCUUCAGGUUCGCAUUCCCGUGUUCAGUAACUAAAAACACAAAUUUUAAUCACUUCUUAUGUUUGUCAUAAUGAAACAUCGCCGCUGUGAUAAUGUUAAUAAAGGCACAAGUUUGAAAAUUA